AUGGGCGAUGAUGCUGUCAGCGUGACAGGCAUUGCAGGAGGAAGUGUCAUCCUCAACUUUCAAUACACAAACAAAAUGACUAAAGAAAGUGCGAAGAGCUUCUGCAGAGUCUCAGAUGGCGAAUGCACUAAAGCACAGAGUCAUUUAUAUCUACCAGCGAAGAAUUUCACCAUGACUGAGGAUAAAUCUGUGGACUUUCUCAGCGUGCUCAUCAGAAACCUGACCAUCAAUGACAGAGGAAUGUACGGAUGGAAAGCCAACAAUAAAUGGUUGAAGGAGGUGAAGUUAGAUGUUCAACAAGAGCCGUGUUGUGGGAGAUCAGAGGAACAGACUGCUUAUGAACUGGGAGCUGCUGUCAUCCAUUGCAGAUAUCCAAAAACACUUCACGAUUAUCCCAAGCAGCUGUUCAAAUUGCAGAAUGGAUCACUGCACUCUGUAUUUACAUAUAAAGGUGUAUUUUCACCUAUGGAAACCAGUGAUCCAAGAUAUUCUAUGAACGUGGAUCAUGGCGAGGAGCACCUCUUUACUGUGACUCUUAUUAAUGUGAGCAGACAUGAUGAAGGACUUUACUUCUGUGCAGCUCAUGCAGUAAUGCCAAAUAGCUACAGUCUGAUUUUCUCUGAGAUUCAACUUCAUGUUACAGAUGCUCCAGUACAGCCUGAUCUCUCCGUCAUCAUCAUUACAGUGUCUGUGUGUGUGAUUCUGCUGUUCGCUGCAAUACUGAGUCUAUUGCUGCUCCGGCAGAAAUGCACAAACACAAAAGGUUCAGGUUCUUCAGAUCAGAGAAGCACAGUAGAGGUUGAUGAGAUCAACUCCUCUGUUUAUUACUCAUCGAUCAAAGAGCAGUCUGCUCAGAAGCCUGUGAGUAUGAACACAGUUUAUGCCACGGCACAAUUACAGACAGUCCUCUCUGACAGUGAUCCCUACACACUCGCUAUGAAGAGCUGA